AUAUGAGAAUGAGCAUAUAUAAACUGACUGAAUCCUUGUAUUGUAUAUACGAAUUGAAUUCCCCCAUAUCUUUUGUUUUCUCUUCUUUAUCCUAUUCCAAAUGCACCGUAGCUUGGGUCCAAGCCCAGCAACGUAACAGCCAUGGAUACCAAUUCCAAAUUCCUCCACACCAUCGCCAACCCUAGAAUCAAUACCAAUGGAGGCUUACUCCAUCUAGACAUGCAGCCCACCACCUCCUCCUCCUCCGACUCCGCAGCGGAGGGUACCGGCGACGCCAAGUGGGCGUCGAGGCUCCUCCGCGACUGCGCGGCCGCCAUGUCCGACAAGGACUCCGCCAAGAUCCACCACCUCCUCUGGAUGCUGAACGAGCUCGCCUCCCCCUACGGCGACACCGACCAGAAGCUCGCCGCCUACUUCCUCCAGGCCCUCUUCUGCAAGGCCACCGACUCCGGCCGCCGCUGCUACAAAACCCUAAUCUCCGUGACGGAGCGGAGCCACUCCUUCGACUCGGCCAGAAAACUCAUCCUCAAAUUCCAAGAGGUCAGCCCCUGGACCACCUUCGGCCACGUGGCGUCCAACGGAGCCACGCUGGAGGCCUUGGAGGGCGAGCCCAGCCUCCACGUCAUCGACAUCAGCAACACGCUCUGCACCCAGUGGCCCACCCUUCUAGAAGCCCUCGCCACCCGCACCGACGACACCCCCCGCCUCCGCCUCACCGUGGUCGCCGCCACCGCCGCCGCCAAAUCCGCCAUGAAGGAGAUCGCUCCGAGGAUGGAGAAAUUCGCCAGGCUCAUGGGCGUCCCCUUCGAGUUCACCGUCAUCGCCGGUCUCAACCGCCUCGGCGAUCUCACCAAGGACGACCUCGCCGUGCGCGAGGGCGAGGCCGUGGCGGUCAACUGCGUGGGCGCGCUGAGGCGCGUGGACGUGGAGGAGAGGAAUCGCGUGAUCGAGACCAUCAAAUCGCUAAACCCUAAGGUGGUGACGAUCGUGGAGGAAGAGGCGGAUUUCUCGAGCAACAGGGAGGACUUCGUCAAGUGCUUCGAGGAGUGUCUGAGAUUCCACACGGUGUAUUUCGAGAUGCUGGAGGAGAGCUUCGCGCCGACCAGCAACGAGAAGCUCAUGCUGGAGCGCGAGUGCGCCAGGAGCAUAGUUAGGGUUUUGGCGUGCGACGACAAAGUUGAGGAUUGUGAUAGUGAGAGGAGGGAGAAGGGGAGGCAGUGGUCGGAGAGGCUCCGGGAGGCGGGGUUCACGGCGGCGGCGCACAGCGACGACGUUGUGGACGACGUGCGGGCGCUGCUGAAGAGGUACAGGGCGGGGUGGUCGCUGCUGCUGCCCGGAGAGGAUGGGAUUUAUUUGGCAUGGAAAGAGGAACCUGUAGUAUGGGCAUCGGUAUGGAAACCAUCAUAAUAUUAUACCCAUUUUCACAUAUAUAUAAUAGCAUCACAUUAAUUUCUUCAUAUUCAUUAUUAUUAUCACCAAAAAAAUUGGUUGUGUGCUUCAUUAUAUAUUUACACUGCUAAGAGUUUAUUCAAAUUUUUGUGCCUGUUUCUUCGUC